AAGUCUGUAGAGGUGACAGUUUCUUUGGAUGGAAUGGGGCUAGCCAGAAACUAGUAGCACUGGGCUUUGAACUGAAUUUGAAGUUUUCCGAAAAGAUAGCCGCAGCGUGUCAGAGAGUUCAAUAGAGAGCGGAGUGAAAUGAAACGCGAUGUCCGGAUACUGCUGUUGGGGGAACCCAAAGUGGGAAAGACCUCUCUCAUCAUGUCUCUGGUUGGAGAGGAGUUUCCUCAGCAGGUUCCUCUCCGGGCGGAGGAGAUCACCAUACCAGCCGACGUCACGCCUGAGAAAGUGCCCACACAUAUAGUCGACUAUUCAGAAAGUGAACAGUCUGAUGAAGUGUUGAGGGAGGAAAUCGUAAAGGCCAAUGUUGUGUGUGUGGUUUAUGAUGUCACACAAGAGGAAACCAUUGACAAGAUCAGGACUAAAUGGAUUCCGCUGGUGAACGGUGGUGCUGAGAAAGGAAGCAAGAUUCCCAUCAUCCUCGUGGGCAACAAGUCCGACCUGCGCUCCGGCAGCUCCAUGGAAACCAUUCUGCCAAUCAUGAACCAGUUUUCAGAGAUUGAGACCUGUGUAGAGUGCUCAGCUAAGAAUCUGAAGAAUAUUUCCGAGCUCUUUUAUUACGCCCAGAAGGCCGUUCUACACCCGACUGCUCCGCUCUACGACCCUGAAGACAAACAGCUGAAGCCGCAGUGUGUUCGAGCUCUGAGUCGGAUCUUCAGUAUCUCUGAUCAGGAUAAUGAUCACAUACUCAGUGACGCUGAACUCAACUGCUUUCAGAAAUUAUGUUUCGGGAAUCCACUGGCUCCUCAGGCUCUAGAGGAUGUGAAGACAGUCGUGUGGAAGAACACCAGUGAUGGAGUCCAGGACAACGGACUCACACUCAACGGUUUCUUGUUCUUGAACACUCUCUUUAUCCAGAGGGGACGUCAUGAAACCACCUGGACCAUCCUGCGUAAAUUCGGCUACGACGACACGCUCGAGUUGACUGAUGAAUACCUCUACCCACCGUUACGAGUAUCGGUGUGUUGCACGACGGAGCUGAAUCAUCUGGGUCAUCAGUUCCUCCAGAAGCUGUUUGAUAAGUAUGACGAGGAUAAGGAUUCAGCUCUCUCUCCCGCUGAGCUGAAGAAUCUAUUUAGUGUUUUACCCUACAUGCCCUGGGGCCCGGAGGUGUACAGUAACGUCCCCCUAUCAGACGACAACUACAUCUCACAGCACGGGUACUUCUGCCAGUGGAUGUUAUCGGCUUAUCUGGAUGUCCACCGGUGUUUGGAGCAUCUCGGUCACCUCGGGUAUCCCAUUCUAAUGGAGCGAGAGUCCCAGACCUCCGCUAUCACAGUAACAAGAGAAAAGGCAUUAGACCUGGAGAAGAGACAAACCCAGCGCACUGUGUUCCUCUGCAAAGUGAUCGGUCCACGCGGAACAGGAAAGACCGACUUCCUCCGAGCUUUUCUGCAGCGAAGCACUGAGAGAAACGAGCGCGACCCCGGUCCCCCCACAAUAUACGCCAUCAACACCGUCUCAAUAGCCAAUCAGGACAAGAACCUCAUCUUGGAGGAGGUGGACGUGGAAACAGAGUUUCUGAAAGCAGCAGAUGCAGCGUGUGAUGUGGCGUGUCUCAUGUAUGAUGUCAGCGACCCGGACUCCUUCAACUACUGCGCUAGUAUUUAUAAGGUACGAAACCACCACACAUGCACAAGAUGCUUUAGUUCUGGAGUAAUGUGUGACAAACUCUGACACACGCCUCACUCAUUAACCACAUUAAAAUUGGAUCAUCCAACUGAUUUAAUAAACCAUAAUGACCU